AGACAAACCAUAUCACAAGCGGUACAGGUCUUUUCAUAAAGUUACCAAGCAUCUUAAGGCUAGAACGCUUCACCAUUCGCCGCCAAUCCAUUACACGCUGCAAUCAACCCCGAGCAUUGCUACAUUCUUCAAUUUUCCAGACUUGUAGCUACCAGAUAACAAUCUGACACAGACCCCCCCACUAUUCGUUAUUGCUGUCACAGGCCGUGUAACCUCAGUUACGGACAAUAUACACUACCAGCAAUAUCCAGAGAGGUUGAAGCUAGAAGGAUCAGCAAAUUUGAACCUAGCAAAGCAGCUACCCGCCCAACCACUCACUGUUCGUCUUUAGCCGAUUACCAGGCUAAUCGCCCAGGCCUUGCCGAUACUAUUGGUGAACACUCCAACCAGCUUCGCCAUUGCUGUGCAAUAGCUACGCUUCUAAUAGUUACGCUUCUCAUAACUCGCAAUGUCUUCAUUACUCGACCUACAGAAUGAUCUCCAGGCGCAGAAAAGCCUCCGCGACAGUGUCGAGACCAUUAUCCACGCGGCUGAUAACAACAAGUACCAGGACAUCCGUAAACUGAAGAAAUUGCGGCAUGAGGCUCAGAGUAAAGCCACCGAGCUUAACCGAUCGAUUGUUGCGAUCGAGCGCCGCAUUGAGGCCCUCAAGCGUGUAGAGCCCAGCCCCAGCACCGACAGUCUCUCGGAAGAGCCCGCCGCGCGCAGCAGCUUUGACACCCGCGCGCCGUCACCGUUUGUACACCUCAGUCUACCCGCUGUAGUGGUCGAUACGGAUCCCGGGGAGAGCACAUGGGCGCUCAACGAGCUUCUUCAGGCGCUCGGUGCGAAGGAGCGUGAGGCAGAGUUUUACGUGUCGCGCGGUAAUGCGCUCAUCGCGCUUCUCCGGCAACACCCUGCGUGGACGAAUGACCUCGAACUCCUCGCGUGGGGCCAUCGCAUCCAGAACUUGCUCGUGCACGGCGCGAAGGAGGUACUGGCGACGGCAUACCGUCUCGCGCGGUACGUCAUUUCAGAUGUCGCAUCGCUCCGCACCCUCACCGCACUCCGGAUUCAGCACUUUGUCGUUGCAUCGCUCGCGCGCGAUCCUGUGCGCUUCCUGUUAGAGCGCGAGCACGCGCUCAAGUUCGUACGGCGGUUCAUAGAGGUGGAGCACGGUGCGGCCGAGAUCCACACAGGUGUGCUACGCGCGCUCAUUGCAGUGGCAGAACAGAAUGAGGACCGACUCCGCACGCUCUGCCUCGAGACAUUGUGCGAGCUUGCAGUGGUCGUGCCCGAGCGGCUCUUCUUUUUGGGCGGUAUGCGCGUACUCAUGCACGUGGUGAGCGACGGUCCGUAUGAGAUCUCUGGACUUGUGGGUGUCGCGAUUGUGCACAUGUUGGACCGGCCAUGUGGGCGCGCGUGUCUUCGCGGUGGCGCGGACGUAGGCGCGUUUCUUGCACCGUUUACGGACGUGCAGAUCAAAGGUCACGUAAACACGGAGCGACUUCAGCACGGUGCAAAUGUGCUCACGACAGUCUUGAAGGCAUGGCCAGGGCUUGUGGCGUUCUUACAGCGCGACUUCCAGCCGGUGCGUGACCUCCUCAACUGCCUUGUGUUUGCGAUUCCCGUGUUGCGCGACGUGGUCAUGGACGUGGUGUUUGACGUGCUCCACAUCCGGCAGUUGCCAUGGACGCGUGCAAAGGCGGGUGUCGUCGCAAGUGCGCCGCGCACGCGUGUUGUCAGCCACUACGUCGCGCUCCUCCUUGCGGUAUUGUUGCGUUGCGACGUGUUGCGUCUCCUUUCGACUGUGAUGGACGGCGGUGAUGAGUUGAACGCGCGUAAGGCCGCGUACUUGUACGCGGAGGUGCAUUUUCUUGCUGCAACCCUUCUCCCAGAAACCUCGCAUGUGCCCCAGUCCCCCAAGACCGAGUUUCAGGUGUCCACCUUUGAGUUUCCAAAGCCCGGAGUCUCCAAAGUCCACAUUCAGGAUGGGCCAUUCCAGGAGGAUGAUAGGGUCUUGAUAGUCGAUAAAAGUGUUAAUUUCACCUCCCCCUCUAAUAUUUCAACCAAUGGUGAUCACGUCAACGGUGCCUUCGUCUCUGAUUUCCUCACUAGCGAUGCCUUGUCUUGCCCUGAUCCCAGUUAUACGGCUUUCGGUGGAGCCGCCUCCGAUGACACCUCCGUUGACCACACCUUCAGUGGUCCCAGCUUUGGUAGCUCCUUUUCCAUCGAAAAAAUGACUCGCCGUCUUCAAAAGCCCCGCCGCGAUAUCGCCGCCAUCAACGUGCACACCCAGCUCGCAAAGUCCAAAAGUAAACAGGACGUGGAUGAUGCUGCGUUCCGCCAAAUGAUUCUCGACACCCGCGUCCUCUCCACAAAGAGUUUUGCGCGCUGGAACUGGGACGUGCUCACGGAGCUUGCCCAAGGCCCGCUCCGCAACCCACGGCGCUACGACGAGGUACUCAAGACGACCAAGCUCUUCAAGCGCAUUUCGUCCUUCUUCCGGCCGUUCAAAUACCGUUUCUCAACCACCAAGCGUGCCCCCGGAAAUGAGCGCUACACAGCCUUCGGCUGCGAGUUUUUCAAGAUGCUCUUGAGCUUUCCCGAAGGUGCGCGUACGUUGGCCGAGAGCAAGCUCCUCCGUCAGAUCGCUGAGUGUCUCGCUCAGGUAGAUGCGUACAGCGGUAUCACCGCCGCGGAACCGCUUUUCUCAAAACAGCGGCUUCUCGUGACGCUGAGCCCUGGCUACUUCCGCAUGCUUGGCGUGCUUUCAGCGGACCCCGCGGGACUCGCAAUGCUUGAGAGUUGGAAGUUUUUCAGCAUGUUUUACCACAUCGUGGAGCGUUCCGGUCGCGAGGACCUCGCGCUCUUGAUCUUGUCCGCGGUGGACUACUCGCAGCUGUCGCAUUUGCGCACAAUUCUCGGCAAGGCGAUGGCCACGUGCGGUGUCGCAGUGCGCCUCCACGCGACACGCCUCGCUGCGUCGUUACUCUACGCGCCGCAAACGCAAACGUGGGCCGCGCGCGCAUUGGUUGCGCAGUUGUACGACACGGACGUCGAGGUGUGCGAAGUUGCCGUUGCAGCUAUUCACGCGUACGGCGCUGUGUCACGGGAUAAUUUGGACCAUAUCCUUCGUCUCCGCCCGUCCUUGGACCACCUUUCGCGCGCGACGCGCGCGCGCCAGCUUUUGUACCUUGCAACGCCGCGAGGAUUUCGCUACUUGACGGAAUCGGAGUUUGUGCAAGAUGAGUUGGACCGGUGGGAAGCUACGGAGAAUGUUGUAUAUGCGAAGCAGAUGGAGAGGUCGAUUCUUACGCAGUAUUGCUUUCCAGCUGCGAUCCCGAACACGACUGCUGCUCCAGGUUUCGCUCAAGACGCCCCCAACUUUUUUGGCGAACUAGUCAAGACCGAUGAAGGCUGUAACCUCCUUCUCGAACAGAACAUUCUUGAACGUCACGUCUCUGUUAUUCGUGCGAGCGUGCCCCAGGACUUUUCCCAACUUUCCCCCGCUGACAUCCAGCUUCUCAAGGCGUCGCUCUGGGUGCUUGCCAACAUCGGUUCUACCUCCCUGGGUGUGCUUUUACUCGAGGACCACGGAGUUAUACCCGAUAUUAUUGACAUCUGCCGUCACAGCGACGUGUGGUCGUUGAAGGGUGUCGCUUUCUAUGCGUUAGGCUUUGUCGCACGCACUGAGGAGGGCGCGGAGGUGUUGGAUGAGCUCGACUGGUGCGUGAAGGCGGAUUCCAUGCAGAGCCCCGUGGGAGUUUCGCUUCCGCGGAACAUAACUGACUACUUCUUCGUGGAUUCUGCGAACGCGCUCACGAUCUCCACCAUAGAUCCCGAGGCCCUGGAGGAUGAGAGUGACAGUGACAGAUUGGUGGCAGCGGUGAUCCAACGGUUCAAAGAGCUCGGUUCAACCUAUAGCUGGUCGGAGAGGUCGACGUUACGGGAUAUAAACAAGAUCAAGGAGAAAUACGGGGAGGUGUUUGAGGCGCCAGAGCUCCUUGUGCGUACGUUGGAUAUGUUGGCCGCGGGGCAUUAUAGAAUGAACACGCGGAGGACUAUUUUGGAGUACUUUGGGGGGAAGGUGUGGGAGCUGAUGGUGAAGCGAGAGAGGCGGCGUAGGCUCUCAGGCAAUCGUCAGGCUGACUGAGGGUUUGUUUGUUGAAACUGUUCCAAUCUGAGGAAGAAAGGAUAGGGUGAGAACUAACCACCUGUCGAAUUCUUGCUCUAGACCAAUGACCGUAUUAUUUGGUAGGUAUAGUCAAACUUAUUGGAGCGCCUGCCGUACUGCCUUUUAUCGAGUAUGCUGACCACUUGAGAAAUUAGGUACAGCAACUACAGUAGUCUCUUAGACUAAAAGGUGGAAAUCAGACUAUUUACAGUUUGGAUGUAAACCAACAGUCAACUUUAUAUUUAAUAGUUAAGACGACAACCGAUUUAGUCUUAUAGUAUACUGCCUGAUUAAAUCAGGCUAAUGAUACACUCAACGCAAUAAGACGUAUACG